AACGAGAUGAACCAAUCGUGUCAUAAGAUAAGUAAAUGAGGGUACACGUGUAUAUAACUAGUACUCUAUAGCCAGUCAGUCAGUCAUUGCAAUUGACCAGCCGGGAAAUGACAACAGGCGCAAAACGGGCCAUAAAUUCUGACCGUCGUCACUCACGACACCAUAGGUUUCAGCGAUGCAGGUUCCCCAUUCAAAAGCACAUGAGCAGUAUGCAGCGGUCAGUAUCGGUGGUAGAAGGCAUGCCGAUGGAACCUGCAAUGAACGGAAAGAAAAAUAGGCGCUCUUCGUGCCCACCCGUCUCUGGGCAGGAGAGCACUAUAUUCGUCAAGCGACCCCCCUAUACCCAAGUGGCCUUUGACGAACUCAACCUUCGCGGGGACGAACAGGACAGCAUGUCAUUGGGGCAGAAAAUCAGAAGCAAAUGUGACUGUUCUGCGAAAUGCGUGUUCAAACAACUCAGUACGCUUCUACCAAUUAUCAAGGUUAUUCGUUACUACAACUUCAAGGAAAACCUGCUGAUUGACAUUUUGUCCGGAGUUACAAUCGGUAUCCUCCACAUCCCCCAGGCUCUUGCUUUUGGUUUGCUUACAUCUGUGAAAGUUGAAAAUGGCCUCUACACUUCUGUUUGGCCUGUGAUCCUAUAUGUGUUUUUCGGAACGUCUGCUCAUGUUUCCAUGGGAACGAGCGCCGUGAUAUGUAUUGUAACUGCGAGUGUUGUAGACCGACAAGCGGAAGUCUUCAAGGACAUGAACAUGCAUCUGAUGACAGGCGGGAAUGGAACAUCUAAUUCAACGUUCGAAGCAUGGGAAGACAUUCCGGAAUUUAUGGAUUAUAAGGAAAACGUCGCCAUUAACAUUGCGAUGUCGGCUGGUCUUAUCAUGAUUAUAAUGGGCUGUUUCCGGCUCGGGUUUGUCACCGCCUACUUGUCCGAAUCUUUCUUUAGUGCCUUUACCUCCGGUGCUGCUGUUCACAUUGCAACAAGUCAAAUCCCCGCACUCCUUGGAAUCAAUACCCCCCGUUUUGGCGGCGUGUUUAAAAUUAUCUAUACAUAUGAAGCUAUUUUUGGGAAGGUACAUGAAAUGCAACCUGCAACGCCGAUAAUAGGAGUGAUAAGUAUUGUAAUAUUGUUUCUGGUUAAAGAGUGUAUAAACGAACGGUUUAAGCACAAACUUUUCAUUCCAAUCCCAGUGGAACUUCUGGUGGUCAUUUUGGCAACAGUGCUAUCUUUCGCUAUUGGAUUCGACGAGGAAGCUGUGCCGAACAAGGACAAAGUUUUCCACGUAGCGGUAGUCGGUCAGCUGACCUCCACAAUUCCUCCGCCGGUACUUCCCGAUCUGACAGGGAUACAAGAUUACAUAGUGGACAGUUUUGUGAUCGCCAUUUUGAUUUUUGCAAACACCAUUGCCAUGGCAAAGAUCUGCGCCAAGAAACAUAAUUAUGAGGUCGACGACAGCCAGGAACUGAUAGCAUACGGUAUGUGUAACUUCCUGAGCGGAUUCAUGUUGUGUUUUCCGUCUGCUGUUGCCCCUCCCAGAUCAAUGGUGGCUUCCUCCAUGAACACCAAGACAACCGUUACCGGAAUAUUCGUCACAAUACUCAUGUUGCUUGUCAUCCUGGUGAUUAGUGCUUUGUUCAAGCCUCUUCCCAAGGCUGCGCUGGCCGCUAUUAUCGUAGUCGCACUGAAAGGACUGUUCGUUCAGAUGAUGGACUGUAGAAAGUUCUGGAGAGUCAAUAAAUUCGACUUUAUCAUCUGGUUUUUCACCAUUUUUAGUGUCGUAUUCCUUGAUAUCGAUCUUGGUCUAGGUAUUGGGGUUAUUGUAUCCCUUUUCACUGUCGUAUUUCAGACCCAAUUCUCGCGAGGUUACCGACUAGCCGUGACUCCAAACGACGGUAUUAUGGUGGAGAACAACAGGUACAAAAACACGCGCGAAAUUCCAGGAGUCAAGAUCUUCCGUUUUCAAUCUAAUCUUUAUUUUGCCAACGCCGAAAUAUUCCGGAACACCCUAUACAAUGGAACGAUCAACCCCAGGAAACUUCUCAAAAUGCUACAGAAGCAGAAAAAGUACGACGAUAAAUUCGGAGGUGGAGAAAUGAAGAACGGCGAACCAACAAACACAUAUGUAGGCUCUUCCAUGAAACCAACCGAUGGAAAUAUGAAAAGUGAGUUAUCAUCAACCCGUUUUGACCAAAACGGAAAAGACAUGAGAUACGGAAAAGAAAGUGUAAUUUCAAGCAUAUCCAACACAAGUGCGGACAAUCCGGCAUUCGGUCUUUCCGAGGAAAACCUUGUUCCUGUCGGAAAUGGAAACGGGAAAGUGAAUGGCCAAAACGGAACACCAUCGCAUAACUUCCUGUCGAUUGAUAGCUACCCACUGCGAAGCCGGCGAAUCAGUGUAGCGUCCAGCAUUAGCAUGAUUACAGAACUGGAGAUUGACCCUGUUGACGGGAACGAGGCUGUAAGCGUCGAGUGGCUGGAACACGCGAGGAAAAUUCACCACAUUAUCGUCGAUUGCUCCACAAUGAACUAUUUGGACAUUUCCGGUGCAAGUGUACUCAGUCAUAUAUACGCAGAAUACCAACACGUCAAUAUCAACGUAUUCCUUGCCGGAUGUUCGGCAGACAUUCGGAACACUAUGGAUCAUGCUGGUGUGUUUGAUAAAAUCCCCAAGGGUAACUUUUUUAUUGAUCUUGAGGACGCUAUUGCUGUCGCUAAAAAUAUGGCAGUCCAGACAGUACCAAUUAAUCUGGAAGACUUUUCUGAUGACGAGGCUGCGGAAGACUCGUAUAUUACCCGGAUGUGAUGCUCGUAUCUUGGAUAGUUUGAGCUGUUAGUUUUGAGAAAAUAUCCUUUAUCUUUCUAUGUACAUAUAUAUAUCUUUACGUAUAUCAUUAACUCAGUUCAUAUCUAGACAAACAUGUAUCAUUAUGUCAGUUCAUUCUCAUAUUUACAUAUUUACAUAUAGCUGUUCCCAUUGAUUUUUCAUAUUUGUUAUAUACUUUUUUUUGUAGGAUUUAGUAUAGUCUUAUGUACUGUGUUUAUUCAAGGAUAAUCACCAAAGAGAGGGGACAGAAACCUAGCCCCCUCAGUGCUUCAUACUUUCUAUGAUUUACAUUCCUUAAACAUUGAAUACUCUUGUUGCAGUUAAACUAAAAAACAACAACGAUUGCACGGCAAAGUUUAAAUGUUCAUGUUCCAUAACCGACAUGCAUUUAUACCGUUAUGAAAAUAAUUGCAUAUGCUUGUUACAGUUAAAUUUGAAAAAAUAAAGUUUUGAUAAGGAUUGCACGGCAAAGUUUAAAUGUUCAUGUUCCAUUACCGACUUGCAUUUAUACCGGUAUGAACAUAAACCUUUUUAAAUUUGAUUUGUUGAUUGGAAGGGCUAAAAAUCCAUAUUCCUGUUAUUCCUAGUAUAGACAGUGCAAACAUACCGCUCAAUCCAUUUAUUAACAUUAUAAAAAUACAGUUAUUGACAAUCUGAAUAUCAAAAACAUUCUGUUUUAAGUAAUGUUUGCGGUAUCUUUUUGGUUGUGUUUAUAAAAGGGCUUGCAACAGGAAUGUAAAUGUAUUGUAACGGACACAAAUUGUUCUGUCAUGGUGGUAACUCCAAGUGUGACUUUAAACGGACUUACCUGGUUGAAUCUCGUGUUUCUGAAAUCAAUAACCUCGUUUUGACUACCGGUGAUAGAUUCCUCUACUGGAAGAUUUCUUAUCACAGCUGAUUUAAUUCGGUUCCAAAGUAGAGUGAGGAUUUAUCAUUGGUAUUCGAUACAAUGUGUGUAAGUACAGCUCACAGAUAAAGCCUCCCGAUAGUUAAUAUGAUCGCGAGUCAGUAUAAUAAACAUCAAUCUAAGGCA